AUGAAGUACAAUCCUCGAGUCACCUCCUCUCGCAGGAAGAACAGGAAGGCUCACUUCACGGCCUCAUCAAGCGAGAGGCGUGUCAUCAUGAGCUCACCACUCUCCUCCGAACUUCGCCAGAAGUACAAUGUCAGAUCUAUGCCGAUCCGUAAAGACGACGAGGUCCAGAUCGUUCGUGGUACUUACAAAGGACGUGAAGGUAAAGUUGUUCAGGUUUACCGUCGUAAGUGGGUGAUUCACAUCGAGAGGAUCACAAGGGAGAAGGUGAACGGAACCACCGUGAACGUCGGUGUUCAGCCGUCGAAAGUUGUGAUUACGAAGCUUCGUCUUGAUAAGGAUAGGAAAUCGCUUCUGGAGAGGAAGGCCAAGGGUCGUGCUGCUGCUGAUAAGGAUAAGGGAACUAAGUUCACUGCUGAGGAUAUUAUGCAGAACGUUGAUUGA